AUGGUUAGUCAAGAAUAUUUGGAGAAUGAUAACAAUGAUAUCAAUACUUUGUCCUUUCCUAAUACAUCACUAGGUGACGGCGAUGAUGGUAAUGGUGAUAUGGCAUCACUUUAUUCCAUAAGGCCUGAACGAUCUUAUCGUUAUCCUAAAAAAAAAAAGCAAAUUCAUUUGAGAAUCAUUUCAUG